CUCGAAGAAGACCAUCAACCAUCAUCAUGCCGCAGACAACACUAGAUGAGUGGACAAAAGAGUCUCAGGUUGACCCGGAGAUUCGCGCUCAUGUCUACAGUCUCAUAUCAGCUCUUGGAGGCAUAGGGGACGACGGCACGUACGCACUCGGAGAUAACGCACUCCUUUGCUUGAAGGACUUGCGAAAAUGGCUGAAGUUUGCCGACGGACAACUUAAUCGACGCGAUGUUGCGCGGUGCAUGGCGGAGGCGAACCUAGUGAAGGGCGAUCUUUUAGAGAUUCUAGCCAAGAUUUCAGAAAAGGUCCUCCAUGACAAGCUAAAGCAUAGGGUUGCGGUUGCAUCCUUGGAACUUCUUGUGCCUCUGACCUGGCCUUUCGAGAUUGAUCCGGUCGAAGCAACCGUGAACCACCACCGACACGGUCCUUACAUUCAAUUGGCUCAAAUUGGCUACAAGCGCGCAAUUCUUCAAUAUGACCGAGCUCGUAUUCUUCAGACUGCGAUCCGAAUUGCGCUGCCGUCGAUGGCAAUCCCACUGCGAGAGAGGCCACUGCGAGACGAGGGAAUCAUCCGGAUUGCUCUGUACUUCAUUCGAAAUAUUGCAAUGCUCUCUCCUCCCAGUAACGUGCCCAUGGAUGGCGACGAGGCCGAAAUAUCACGAUCCGCCACGAUCGACACGUUUCACGAGCAAGAUAUAUUCCAGGCUAUUUUAAGUGUGGCGUCUAGCAUCGGAGACGAAUUUGUUACGCAGGACGUCGUCAUUCUCGAGAUCUUGUUCUACUUACUGAAAGGCAUUGAUGCAGAAAAGCUAUUUCUCGAAGAGAAGAAGCUCAGCACGAAGAAUACCGAGGAGCUCAAGAGCUUGAUUCAGAAAGAGAAGGCAAUGCUUGCAAGCUAUGCGCGACACGCUCCAAGCCGACAUAAUCGGUUUGGAACCAUGAUCUGGGUAAAACGGGACGAGGACAAAGUGUCAACUAUCUCUGGUCAGGAUGUCUUGGGCAAGGCUCAGAAAAGUAUGCAAAAGAUGGAUAGGACAAAGAAGUGGAAUAAACCUAAGAGGCCUGGACGGAAGAAGGAUGAUGAGCAGUCACGGGAGGAGUUUGACCUACCCGUACCUAUGACCUCGUCAGCGCGGAAGCGCCUGAAGACAUUCGUGGAAGAGUUCCUCGACUCAUCGUUCAACCCGCUCUUCAUGCAUCUCCGUAAAGCGAUCGAACGCGAGACUGACCGCGUGGAAACACGACACUCUCGCCAAUUCUUCUAUCUUGCUUCUUGGUUCCUCCGAGCGGAAUGCGCACGACGACGGACGAUAAAGUCAAAGGCCGCGGACCAGAAGAGUGCUGAGGCGCUUACAGCUGAGGAUGAGAGCUACGGGCUUGUUGCAGAGGUCAUGAACCAAGAAACCUUUAUUCUGCUCAACAGGUUCAUGCAGAAAAGCCAGGACGAAAAAGCAUGGCAGGAUCUCAACGCUGGAAUGAAAUGCUUCACACAGAUUUUGCUCACUGUCCAGGAGAUGUCCGAAUCUGCGCUGGAAGAUGACCAGGAAAUUGCGGAGAAUAUUCAAAAUCGCAUUUUUUACGAAGAGUCGACCCACGAUCGAGUUGUGAACGUCCUGAGAUCCUACAAUGACCAGGGAUUUGGCUACCUAGAUGCUUGCACUGAGCUUUCCCACGUCUUCCUUCGCAUGUUGGAACGAUACUCUAAACAAAAUGUUGAUUUGCAGGUACGAUCGAGGAAGCGGGCGAGGAAGAUUCGUAAAAAGAAGGCCGAAGCCCAGGGUCUAGAUAAUGAUGAAGAAGGGCAUGUGUCGGAAACAGAGGAUAUCACCGCAGCACAACGAACCGUUUCAGACCGAAAAUUCGAUUUUACACGAUUUGCGGCUAAAUUCGUAAAUCAGGGUAGCGUCAACACCUUUGUCUCUUUUCUCAAGUUCUAUCAAGACCUGGACACAGAGCAGCUGAAACGCGCCCAUCGGUUCUUGUACCGAGUUGCGUUCAAGAUGGAGCUAGCCGUUCUACUAUACCGAGUCGAUAUCCUUCAGCUGCUGAACAAGAUGAUCAAAGGACCAGAAGGCUUGGAUACUGAAUCACCAGGUUUUAAGGAGUGGGAGGAAUUUGUGCGCCACUUCUUCCGUUCAGUGGUCAAGAGGGUCCAAGAUAGGCCGGAACUGGUAGUGGAAAUGUUGUUCAGCAAGAUUCCCGCCACUAUCUUCUAUCUUGAGCACGGUUAUGACCGGGAGCUACCAUCACGAACGCCACGAGCACCGGCGGAACUUGAAGUCAAACCUGGAUUCGAAAAGGCCGACCAGAUUGGAGUAGCUGUUGGCGUGCUUGUUAAUCAACAGAAAUCAGACGCAAUUCGUUGGGUGCGCGAUGUUCUGUCGUCUGCUGCCGAGGAGCGCAAGGCUUGGGAAGAGAUGGAAGAGGCUCGCAAGGCAGUUUCAGCAGCCGCCAACCCUGAAGGCGAAUCUGCACCUGAGCAGAAUCAAGAGUCUGACUUGCCCAAGCCACCGCCAAUUUUGGUUAAACCCGACAAUGAAGAGCGUCGUGUCGCACUAUUCAAAGACAAUAAGAUACGCCUAUUGAUGGCGUUGGUUGGAUUUACAAGACUAGGGCCGGACAACAGCCCAGAUGCGACCUGGGUUGUCCCGUCUUCUCUGACAGCCGCAGAACUACAGGAAGCCAUUGACCUAAUUCGAAAGUUCGAGUUCGACCCACCAGUGUAUGACGACGGAAAGAGUGCUGAGGACUUCCUUCGUAGCAAAGCGGCUACCGCACGUCGCUCAGCUCGUCGAGUGGACUUUGACGAUGACUCUGAGGGCAUCGAUGAUGAUUCUGGAGAGGAUCGAGGGGAAUAUGGCCCUGGUGGUCCGACUGCCAGAAAGUCGGACGCUAAAACGGGGCUCAACCGCCGCAGACGAGAGCGGACACCCCGCGAGCUUGACGAUGAAGAGAAGGACCGCAGAGCUGAAGCCCGGCGCAAGAAGGAGAUCGAGAAGCAAGAGAAAGUGAAGAGUACAAUGUUUGUACAUGACUCCGAUGAUGAAUGGGAGUAUGAUGAGGAGCAGGACCGGGAGUUCUUCGAAAACGAGAAUAGGAUUCGCGAAGAAACGAAGGCGAAAUUUUUUAAGUCUCUGGCGCUUGGAAGCACAGAGCUCGGCUCUACGAAGAAGCGGAAGGCGGAUCAAGAGCCAAGGAAGGACACCAAGAGGUUAAAGACUCCACCAAAGCGGAAACCUGGACCUUUUGAUGACUCAGAUGAGAGUGAGGACGAUGGGGGUAACGAUGUUGUGAGCAUAAGCAGUCAAGCAUCUUCCGAAGAGGUUGCAAACGUUCUGGAUGUGGAUAGCGAAGACGAUGCUAUUGACACGCCGUUUUCUUCACAGCAUGCUGGAGCGAUAUAUGUCAGCGAGGAAGGUUCCUUGAAGGCGCCUACGCCAACGGUAGCAAAGAAGGAUGUGGUGAUGAUGGAUGCAGAUGAUGAGGAGGAGGAGGAAGACGAACCUGUUAGCCGUAGGCUGCCAGGACGAAAUAUGAGGGCUGGGUUUGUUAUUGAGAGUGAUUCGGAGUAAAGAG